CGCUCGCACAUCUCUCUUGCUGUGCAUCGGAGGCAAAAUCUUUCUCUUGACUCUUGUGCAACGCACACUCUGUGCAGGAACACUCACGCAGCAAGGAAAGAAAAGAAAAACAAGGAAAGUAAAAUCUACGACGCGUUGUUUCACAGCUACGGGCAACUGGAAUCCGAUCGAGCACAACAUUUUCGACCCAAAUUACGAAUCCGACUAGAGUUCCUUCCCGCCCCUCGUUAUUAGUAGCCUCACCCUUCGCCAGUCCUGUCUGAUCGAUCCCAUCACCACCUCCCCUUCGCAGUCUGAAUCUGAUCAUCUCAGCAGUCCAACCCAAGCCCUAGCUAUGGCAAUCUGCAAGCGUCCAGCCGCCGCCGUCGCCAUGGGCGGCCAGGCCGUCAAGAAGAGGAGAGUCAAGGAGCCCGCCGUCAUCAAGAAGGCCGCCGUCAUCAAGAAGCCCGCCGCCUACGCCACCACCGCCGACUACGAGGAGGAGAAGACCUGCCUCGGCGAGGGCGCCUUCGGCGUCGUCUUCAAGGCUCGCCACCGCGCCACGGGCCAGACCGUCGCCAUCAAGCACCUCUCCUCGCCGCCGCCGGAAGUCGCCUCCGACGCCCCCGAUCCCAGCGAGCAGCUGCUGCGCGAGGCCCGCUUCCUCGAGGCGUGCAACGGGGACCCCAACAUCGUCGGCUUCCACUGCGUCGUCCGCGACCCCGACACCACCGAGCUGGGCCUCGUCAUGGAAUACAUCGCGGGCCAGAGCCUCCGCGACAUCCUCGAGGACCAACGCAACGGCACCGCGCCGCCGUUCCCGGAGGCCACCGUGCGCGCCUUCAUGCGGCAGCUGCUGACGGGCGCCAAGGGGAUGCAAGAACGCAGCAUCGUCCACCGCGACAUCAAACCGGCCAACGUCCUGGUCGCGGAAGGAGCGGAAGUCCUCAAGAUCUGCGAUUUCGGCCUCGCCAUCUCCACGUCCGACCCAACGCCGCACGGCGAGGUCGGCACGGUGCUGUACACGGCGCCGGAGUUGCUGCUGGGAAAACCGGAUGCCGACUCGCUCGCCGACACGUGGUCGCUCGGCUGCAUCAUGGCGGAGCUCGUCGACGGCGAGAUCCUGCUGCUGCGGGCACAACGCCUGUGCGAUGAGGGGUUGGCCUACCUCUGGACUAUCUUCUGGCUGCUCGGCACGCCCGACGACGUCAUGUGGCCCGGGUUCGCGUCCCUGCCGCGCGCCGCCGAGAUGCCACCGCUCAAGCCGGGACAGCGCAGCAGGCUGCGCGAGCUGUACCCGGAGUGGACCCUGUCCGACGAAGGAUUUGAGGUCAUGAGCGGACUGCUCACGUGCAACCCCGAGAAGAGGUUGACGGCUGCGGAAGCGCUCAAGCUCCCGUGGUUCGCCGAAGACGAUGAAGACUACAUGACGAGAUCCUACUGCUGAUGCUGAAAAGGUCCUCCUGCAGAUGCUGACGAAGUGGCGGCAUGAGAUCAGUUGCUGAAGAUCGUUUCACCGGUGGGAAGAACCAGCCGA